AUGGCCGACGAUAAUACUAAAACCCUACGAGAAAUAUUAGGGCUUACCAAAGCUUCCCAUUCUACCUUGUAUGAAAAUACGAGAGACGAUUUGCUUAUCGCCAUAGACUGUGAAAAUGGCUUCGAGUUCACUAAGCAAGAUUCGUUCGAGAAAGUUAAUUCGCAACUGGGACUCGCAAUUCUCGACCCCAAAGAUCUUGCGAAGUCGACUUCGUCUCAAGUAAAUAUUUCAACCUACAACUUCGCCACUGGAACUCCGAAUUAUCGCAAAAGAGUGUCGACAAGGUUUAUUUUUGGAGAAUCAUACAACCUGUGCACGCAAAAGAAAGACCUGGCCGAGAAAAUCAACAGUAUAAUUCCGGAUUCUCGCGAUGUCAUUCUUAUCGGACACGGCGGACGAUAG